AUGCCUAAUGCUAGAGGCCCAUCACACGAACCUGUAUUAGGGUCAAGAAGUUGGAUGAUGGUUAAGACCAUUAUUACAGGCUUGCUUGCAUUAAUAGUCAUGAUUGGUGUAACCAUUCUAAUAAUCUGGCUAACCAUCAAACCCAGAACGCCAGCCUAUUUCAUCAACAACGGCUCAAUCCACGACUACAACUUAUCCAAGGACUACCAUCUGAAUGCAUCUUAUAACUUUCUUCUUAAGACAUUCAAUCCAAGCAAAAGAAUGUCUGUUCAUUACGAAAAAAUGGAACUUACGCUUUUGUUCAAGCAUGAAACUAUUGGUAGUGGUGUUAUGCCCUCAUGGCACCAACACAAAAGGAAUCGUACGACAUCUGAACUGGAUCUUGCGUCACAUAAUGUGAAAUUAUCAGAGGCACUGUCACGAGACAUAGAGAUGGCGAACUCGACGAAUCAAGUUGUGGUAGAUUUGAAGAUGAAGGGUAGAAUCCGAUCUAAGUUAGGAAUAUGGAAAUCAAGGUAUUAUCACAUGACAGUUUCAUGUGUAAAUGUUGUCGCAGAAUUUUCUAAAUCCUCGAAUGGAUCUCGAGGUACUAUAUGUGAUGUUGAUCUUUGA